AUGGAGUAUGAAGUUCCUAGACCUGUGAUCCAAGUGGAGUUUAGGGCGGUUAGACUAAUGCCGUACGAACAGGAAAUACCUAUAGUCUUAAUAGGGCACAGACAACAAAUCACUUGGGUCAGAGGUCAAACAGAGUGCGAAGGGCAAAGAACUAGGGCUGGGGGACAAACAGAGUGCAAAGGGCAAAUAACUAGGACCGGAGGACAAACAGAGUGCGAUGGACAAAUAACUAGGGCUGGAGGACAAACAGCGUGCGAAGGGCAAAGAACUAGGGCCGGAGGACAAACAGAGUGCAAAGGGCAAAUAACUAGGACCGGAGGACAAACAGAGUGCGAUGGACAAAUAACUAGGGCUGGAGGACAAACAGCGUGCGAAGGGCAAAGAACUAGGGCCGGAGGACAAACAGCGUGCGAAGGGCAAAGAACUAGGGCCGGAGGACAAACACAUAGACAAAUAGAACAGGAAGGGCAGGAAGAGUGCGAAGUGUGUUGCACUCUUAACAAGAAAAAGCAGUGGAUCCUAGGCCUAAUUGUUGCUGGAAUCAUAGUGAUUAUUGUUGGGGUUCCAUUGGGAGUGCUGCGCCGUCAAAGACAAAAAUCCUCUGCACAAGAAUUCUCUGCACAAUUCAUAAACGGAUGUCAGAAGUUCACGGGGGGAAACAACGAAAGCUACUGUCAACACAUAUUUGCUGUCUUUGAACAAGCCUACGUAGGGAGGCAAGAAUGUGAUGUUCCUGUGGAAGCCUAUGACCCCUUAAUGGCCGAAGUCCCCUUCAGACAUCCAUGUAACAAAACAAUGCUCUGGAUCAAAACAAAGGAUCUGGUCCACAAUUACACACAAAAGAAUAAGGAUUGUUUCACCCUGGAAGACACUCUAUUGGGACACAUCCUGGAUAACAAGAAAUGGUGUGGAAGGAAAGGCAGUAAUGAAACAUUCAUUACCGGCUGCCCAGGGCCCAAUGACUGUGAGAAUAACUCGGUUUCCUCAUUCUGGAACAGAGCAUCUGCUGCAUUUGCAGAGCAUGCCUGUGGAGAAGUUACAGUUAUGCUAAAUGGAUCCAAAGAAGAACCGUUUUAUAACGGAAGACGAGGAUCUGAAAUGAAACGUGUCGUGGCCAUUGGUGCUGGAGUCCUUGGGGUCGGAGUUGUGGUGUCUCUACUGGUGCUGUUUAUUCCUCAAACAGUCCAGUUCAGGAAAACAUUCAUGAAGAGAUGUGAGGAGUUCCCGCAGCACAUCCACAGCUGUAAAGAUACACUGGAUACCUUUGAAGGAGUCUAUGUCGAUAAGGAGCCAUUUAGCUUCUCUGAGCAAAACUAUGAUCCACUCUUUGAAAAGAUCCCCUUCGCACAUUCAAGCAACAAAACGAUGCUCUGGAGUGACACCAAAGCGCUGGUCCAUGACUUCACAAAGAAGAGAGACUGUUUUAUCACCCUGGAGGACACUCUGUUGGGAUUUGUAAUGGAUGGUCAGAAGUGGUGUGGACUGAAAGGCAGCAAGGAAACAUUUUCUGUGUUCUGUGAACUCGUGAAGAACAACAAUCCUGUUAUUUCAUUCUGGAAAAAUGCCUCUGCCAGGUUUGCAGCAUAUGCCAGUGGUGAAGUAACAGCAAUGCUGAAUGGUGGCCUGAAAACACCAUACAAUCCUAACAGUAUUUUUGCAAGCAUUGAGGUAAAGAGACUCUUCUACCCAAAGGUGACGCGCCUCAGUAUUGUUCUGCUCACUGACAAGGAAAAUGUGAAAAAGUGCAAUGAAAACGAAUCCCUACAGAAUCUAAAGAACGAGCUGGAUCAAAAAGGAAUUCUUUAUAGUUGCAAGGAGGUGACUCGAUCUCACAUCCGGAAGUGCAUUAAAGAAAACAAUGCCUGUGGAGCCUGCUGGUGAAGGUGUCUAAACUAAAUGUCAAACUACAAUAUUGGACAAGACACAAGAGAAAGCUGCUGAAUACAAAAUUGAGUUUUAACUUCUUUUCAGUCCUUGCUGUAAACUCAUGAGAGUGCUAUCAAAUAUUUGGCAGAUUAAAUUCCUUCCUACACAUUGACCUGUUUGAACUACAACAUCUAAUGUCUUUUACAGAUUUAUAAAGUACAAUUAACCUAUGUCUAUGUGACUUGACUUGUAUGAAAAAGUUUUGGUUCUUAUUCCUUCUUUGUUCUUGUUUUUUGUUCUUCUGCAAUCAGAUUAUGCUCAACUCAUGAUCUAACUUCUUAUUUUGUGGCAAAACCUGAAAUAUGUAAUAAAAUGUCAAAAUAUAACAUGAAGGUAUUGUAGUGUAUUAUCAUUUACUCUGAAGGUUUGGAACAGAUGACCAGUAAGGGGCCCAGAGUUAAAAAGCAUAUAUGGUCAGGGUCAAAGAAAAGAUAUUUAUGGUUCAGGGUUAAAGUGGGUGAAAUCCAACUAGGGUCACCCUUGGUUGUUUGUCUGACUUUGUCUCACAUUUCACAGAAACAGCGUGUCUAUAUAAUGGGAGUAAUUUGGGGCUGCUUUUCAGAGUAGUUCACAUCGGCUGAAGAACCCUCUCCAAGCAUGCUAGAUGCUUGAUAGAUGCUGUACUUCUUGUAAUAAACCUUUUCUUUAAGCAAGCAA